AAUAAAGUUGUUAACGUGGAUGGAUCUAAAGUUAAACUUCAGAUUUGGGACACGGCAGGGCAGGAAAGAUUCCGCAGUGUUACCCAUGCUUACUACAGAGACGCUCAUGCGUUAUUACUUUUAUAUGAUGUCACAAACCGACAGUCUUUUGAUAAUAUUCGGGCAUGGUUAUCUGAAAUCAACGAGUAUGCUAAUCAGAAUGUGGUGAUUAUGCUACUCGGCAAUAAAGCAGAUAUGUCAUCAGAGAGAGUCGUGAAAAGGGAGGAAGGUGAAAAAUUAUCACGGGAUCACGGCGUAGCGUUCAUGGAAACAAGUGCAAAAACAGGAAUGAAUGUAGAGUUGGCAUUCAUGGCUGUUGCUAAGGAUUUAAGAAUGAGAAAAGUACGACGACAAGGAGAACCCCGAUUCAACGUCUCUGAUUAUGUUGACAGUCAAAAACAGAAAAGUGGAUGUUGUAGUACGUAGUCUGUAACUAACAAUUAUAGAUGCUAUGGAAAACUUAGGUCAAGUCAUGUCUACAAGAUCGAGUACAGCAACUGCUAUUCUCUACUGCCAUGUCUACACAACAGUCGCUCGCAAAAUAGUUGUGCGUAUCCAGUCUGGCCAUGAAAACUUCCCAUCCGUGUUAACUACUGCCCUCUAGCUAUAAAAACAAAAGGCAUGAUUUAUUGCCUAUAGAGGUUUUUAGAUGGAAUAAGUUGUUUCUUGUAUGUCAAUAUACUUUUAUAACAAUCUUCUGACAAAGCUAAGAAACCUUCCAAAAAAGUAAAG